GGCCGGCGGGGCCCGAGCGGCGGCGGCCGGGCGGGGCGGGCGGAGGUUAGAAAUAGGCAGCGCGGGCCGCGCCAGGCAGCCGCCAGCCCCGAGCACGCCGCGCAGCGAGCGGCCGCACUCGCACCCGCACCCAUGCUGCUGACGCUGGCCAGCGGCGCGCUCUUCUUCCCGGGGCUCUUCGCGCUCAGCACCUGGGCGCUGCGCCGCUCGCGGCCCGGAUGGACGGAAGACGACCGCCUGACGGUCGGCACCAGGCUGGUGUCCUCGGUGCAGGCAGUGCUGGCCACCGGGGCGGGGCUCACCAUCAUCAUCUCCUGCCGCAACGUGGUCUCAGACAGGCACUGGCUCGCCAGAGAAUAUGUCUGGUUUUUGAUUCCAUACAUGAUCUAUGACUGCUAUGCCAUGUACCUCUGUGAAUGGUGCCGAACUAGAGGCCAGAAACUCAGCCGUGCCACCAUUUUCCGAAACUUCCUGAUUGAAAACCGCCUCAUGGUCACACACCAUGCGGUCAUUCUGUUUGUCCUUGUCCCUAUUUCCCAGAAGCUCCGGGGAGAACUUGGAGACUUCUUUGUUGGCUGCAUCUUCACAGCAGAACUGAGCACUCCCUUUGUGUCACUGGGCAGAGUUCUGAUCCAGCUAAAGCAGCAGCAUACCCUUCUUUACAAGGUCAAUGGAGUCCUCACGCUGACCACCUUCCUGUUCUGCCGGAUCCUCCUUUUCCCCUUCAUGUACUGGUCCUAUGGCCAACACAAAGGACUAAGCCUGCUCCGAGUGCCAUUUAAUAUCCCUUUACACUGCAACAUGGCCAACGCCAUCCUCAUCUCUCCCCAGCUCUACUGGUUCUCACUGCUGUGCAAGAAGGCAGCCCGGCUCUUUGACACUGCCAAAGUCAGAAAGGAUGGUUAACUACUCUCAGGUCAGACACACUAGCUGCCUCCUCUACUCAGUAUUCCAAGGACCAAAUCGUGCCUGGGGUAGUCUCUGCCUUCUGGAUAUUGAUAAGCCUCUGGAUUUGAGAUUUUCUUUUUAAAAAUCCCCGUUACCUCCCCCUCCUAACCUGCUCCUUUUGCAAAAGCACUUCUCCCACCCGGUGACAACUUGGAUCCUGUCAAAUAGUUUUAACACAAGCCUGAGGAGCCUUCCUCGGGCCUAUGACAAGAGUUCUGGGAGGUGAGCACUACUCUCCCCGUCUCCACCCACUCAGGGCAACACCCGUAGUACUGGGCCAGAAGCAAAUGACAACUUGGUUCUUGAAACAGGGUCAUUUUUCCAACACUAGGAACGACAUUGUGGGUGUGUCUUUUACGGUUUACUAGACAGCCCUAGUCCUCUCAUCUGCACAUCAACAAUGAAUUCUCGUGCCUACUGACUUCUAGGCAGAAGGGCUCACCGACAAUGGGCAAGACGCAGGGCUGAGAACCUGAAGCACUUGAGGUCAGGAGGCCGGCAGAGGCCACUCACUACCUUUGCCGGCUGACUUGGUAUAGACCAGUAUCAAACUUGUGAGCUUGUUGCAAGCAGUCACCAACACUAUUCUCUUUUCAGCAUGGCCUCUCAUACCCAGUUUUCUCUGUGUCCACACAUUGGAAACUGGCCUAAAACUCCAGGAACAAAGUGAAGUGAUGGCUUCUGUAGAGGUUUAUUGGGUCACCUCGCCACCACUCUCUUCAGCAUGGCCUCUCAUACCCAGUUUUCUCUGUGUCCACACAUUGGAAACUGGCCUAAAACUCCAGGAACAAAGUGAAGUGAUGGCUUCUGUAGAGGUUUAUUGGGUCACCUCGCCACCACUCUCUUCAGCAUGGCCUCUCAUACCCAGUUUUCUCUGUGUCCACACAUUGGAAACUGGCCUAAAACUCCAGGAACAAAGUGAAGUGAUGGCUUCUGUAGAGGUUUACUGGGUCACCUCGCCACCACUCUCAUACAGAGUGGAUACAGAUGUCUGUACUCCGACCCGAGGUCUCACGUAGGCCAGUGCCGCCAGCGCUUCCUCGUUAACAGACUCAUUUCCGUGUUGAAUGAACAGACAUUUAGUCACGGAAGGCUAGGGAGCAGGGGCAGCCAGGCUGGCUGGAGCAUGCCUUGUGGACCAAUGCCGUUAGCUGUGUGCAGUAGGAUGUGGUGUGGCACUGACCGUCCCCCACCACAGGCUGGGUUUGAGGACCUGCUGCCACUUCAGGUAGCAGCGGAAACACUACAAGUGCCUUAUAGUCCACCGUGCAUGUACUUCUAAAGGACUGGAUGGUUAUGUCUCAGAUUUUGAGUUUCAGUCUUUAAUAGGUGCCAUUUAAAAAACAAAAAUGGUUUUGUGUUUUUUCUUUUGUUUACUGUCAGUGUAUCCACAAGUGAUUAAAUUGCACUAAACUCUCUA